AUGGUAGAUACGAAAGCGGACAGCUCUUCUGAUAAUGAUUUAAACAAAUCCCCAACGCACAACUUCCACUCACCUAACAAUUUACUCUUGCCGCCUUCUGAACGGGGCUACAGAUCGGGACUUCUUUGCACGCCAGUCACCAGACCCCCCGUCAACAUAUUGUUCUAUUUACCGCGAUCAGUCCCUCUGAGUUUGAUCGUCAUUAAUCCUAAUUUGGGAAGACACAAAGAGGUUCCGUCGACAUCAUGUUUAGCCUCGGCUGCCAGCAUACUGUCAUGCGACAAUAGCUCCGAAAAGCGAUGUGACCAACCACCACGUGUGCGCGUAGUCCUGAUCCGUGUGACUCGAUUAAUGGAUGCCAGCUGUAUUCCCUGCAUAGGCGCAGUGGAAUUGUGGUCCCCUGCCAUCUCGAUGAACAUCAGCUACGAACCUUUUGCCCAGGAGAAACUCGUGGAUGAAAAAGAUGCAGCUUCGCAAGAUACAAGUCGAGAUUGUGAUCUAGAAGAUGGAGACGGGGACGCGUCCGCCGAUGCACCCAACGAAUUUCUGGAUACACUGACUGGAGAACUUAUGACGGAUCCUAUACGACUUCCAUCUGGCAUCUACGUCGACCGAACAAGCCUGCACCGGUUUUGGUCCCAAAGAUUAGCCGCAGAUGAUAGCACCUUGCAACCACUAGAUCCGUUUACCAUGACUCCGCUGAGCGACACCGAUUUGAAGUCAGAUGAGCGAUUGAAACAGGCCAUUUCAACAUACUUGGACCGGCGUAAGCGACUCAACUUCUUAUGCAAAAGACUGGAUAAGUGGCCCCUACUUGGAGUUUCCAUGACAGAACCGUGUAUUUCAAACUAUGCGACAUCCUCGAAGAAAGGAGACGCAUUGUAA